AUGACGGAAACGUGCCAUAAAAUCAUCAUGGGGCUACAUAACUUCCUGAAGGAGUAUAUUCAUGGCUUUUGGGACUAUGAGACCCCCAAGGUGAUGGUGGUUAAGAACAGAACUCUUGGCGUAAUUUACAGGGGUGUUCAGUUUCUUGUGAUCACUUAUUUCAUAUGGUAUGUCUUUAUAAGUCAGAAAGCAUACCAAGAGAGCGAAACCCGUCCAGAGAGCUCUGUUUAUACUCUCAUGAAAGGCUCAGCAAUUCAUGGAGAUGAGAUCCUGGACACUGUGGAGUAUGCCCAACCCUCAGAGGGUGGCGAUGUGAUUAGCACAAUACUGAGACGAGAAUUCACGUUCAAUCAGAGACAAGGCACCUGUGCUGAGCAUUUUAAUGUUGCCAAUGCCAACUGCACCACCGAUUCUGACUGCGUUGAAGGGGAAGUCAACUUCAGUGGCCACGGCAGAAGGACGGGCAGAUGUGUUCAGUACUACAACCACACCUUUAAAACCUGUGAGAUACAAAGCUGGUGUCCGAUUGAGGAAUACGCUGUAGUACGAGAACCACCAUUAGAGGAGGCCAUCAAUUUCACAGUGUUCAUCAGGAACUCUAUCCACUUCCCCAAAUUUAAAGUGCUGAGGGGAAACAUUAAGGAUGCCCGAAACAAGCGAGACAUUAAGAGAUACCUGAAUAAGUGUCACUAUGAUGAGGAGCGUGACCCCUACUGUCCCAUCUUCCGCUUGGGAUACAUCGCAGCACAAGCGAGGGAGAAUUUUAGUGAGCUCUGUAACACCGGAGGAGUGAUCGGUGUUUUCAUCAACUGGAAGUGUAACUUGGAUCUGGAUCCCUCACACUGUAAACCCACAUACUCGUUCCGUCGCCUUGACCUCCGAAAGGAUCUGCCCGACGCUGGUUAUUAUUACAGGUUUGCCAAAUAUUACAGUAAGGAUGGGGAAGAAACUCGGACACUAAUCAAGGCCUUUGGUAUCCGUCUAGACAUCAUAGUUCAUGGACAUGCUGGUAAAUUUAGUCCUAUUCCAACCAUCAUCAGCACAGUGACUGCUAUGACUUCUGUUGGGAUUUGCACAAUAAUCUGCGACUGGAUCAUGCUGACAUUUAUCGACAAGAAUGAAGUCUACAGUGAGAGAAAGUUUGAUGAAGUGAUCAAGGAGCCCACAAAUCCCAUACCCACAGAGCUCAGCUACAUCAACAGCUUCGGCUCAAACCAUUCUGACCUGUCAGACGGCGUACCGCUGUGA